UUCGGUAUGGUAGAUAGUUGAAUAGAUUUCGUAUCUAUGCCAACGGACAACAACCCGUCACCAAACCCCACUAACCAAGAUUUCUUAUUCAUAGUAUAAAUAAAACUCUUUCUAUACUCGUCAACUUCAUUGAUAAACAUUAAGCAUCCAUACGUAGAACGUGAAGUGAACAUGGUGAAUCUUGUGGAAGCACAAAAACCAUUGAUGCAUGCUCUAAUGAAAAUGGCAGGGAUAAGACCCUACACAGUAGAGAUAGAAUCAGGAACCGAAAUGAGUUUCUGGGUACCUUCAGAAACCAUAACAAAACCCAAGAAAAAAGAAGAAAAACCCAAACUCAUCGCGAAACCCACCAAGCCCGUGGUCGUUCUAGUCCACGGUUUCGCCGCAGAGGGAAUAGUCACAUGGCAGUUUCAAGUUGGCGCGUUGACAAAAAAGUACGCUGUUUAUGUUCCGGAUCUUCUGUUCUUCGGAGGUUCUGUCACAGACAAAACAGACAGAUCGCCGAGGUUUCAAGCGGAGUGUUUGGCAGCGGCGUUGAGGAAACUCGGUGUGGAGAAAUGUAUCGUUGUCGGUUUUAGCUACGGCGGAAUGGUGGCGUUUAAGAUGGCUGAGAUGUUUCCUGAAUUGGUGGAAGCUAUGGUUAUAUCAGGAUCCAUUUUGGCUAUGACUGAUAGCAUUAGUGUUAGUAGUUUGCAAGAACUUGGAUUUUCUUCUUCUUCUGAACUUUUGUUGCCAAACUCUGUCAAAGGUCUUAAAACGCUUUUGUCGAUUGCUGCUUAUAAAAAGCUUUGGUUUCCAAAUCGUUUGCACAAAGAUUUUCUUCAGGUGAUGUUCACUAAUAGAAAAGAGCGAGGUGAACUAUUAGAAGGGUUAGUAAUUAGCAAUAAAGAAGUUGACAUUCCAAAUUUCUCACAGAGGAUACAUCUUCUAUGGGGUGAAAAUGAUCAAAUUUUCAAAUUGGAACUUGCUCAAAAUAUGAAAGAGCAACUUGGAGAUGACACAACUUUUGAAGGCAUAAAGAAAGCUGGUCAUCUUGUUCAUUUGGAGAGACCAUGCGUCUACAAUAGAUGCCUCAAGCAUUUUAUUGCUUCCUUCUUGGCGUCAAAUAAAACCAAAUAAUUUGUUACGUCUUCAACUCUAUAACUAUUUGGUCUUAAUUAUCUUAAUUAAUUAAUUAAGUUGGAGUUGAUUAAUUGUCUCUCAUAUAUAUUCACUGUAUUCUACAAAUUUCAUAUAUAAUAAGACGGGUUUAAUUACGUAA